AUGAAUACUGCUGAAGAGUUGGAUAAGUUAUUAACUGAAUUAAAGCCUCGUUUGCUUGCUUAUAUUGAUGAAGCAGAUCCAAAAUCAUCAAAUUAUAAUCCUCAAUCCUUGGGAACGUUCCAUGAACCUAAAUUUUUGAAACAAGAAUUCAUUCAAGAUGAUAAUUUAGAUGAGCCAUGUUCUGAAACUAAAUUGUUUGAAAUCAUUGAUAAAGUAUUAAAAUAUUCUGUUAAUACUUGGAAUCCUGGAUUUUUGGAUAAAUUAUAUGCUUCAAAUAAUCCAAUUGGUGUGAUUUCUGAUAUUUUAUUGAGUAUGUUAAAUACAAAUUCUCAUGUUUAUACUGUUUCUCCAGUAUUAUCAGUACUUGAAAAUUAUAUUGGUAAGAAAUAUGCUAGUUUAUUUUAUGAGAACGAAACCUGCGGUGGAUUGACUUUUAGUGGUGGGUCUUGGUCAAAUAUUACUAGUUUGCAAUUGGCUAGAUCUUUGAAAUAUCCAGAUACUAAAACUAAAGGUAAUGCUGGUUAUAAGUUUGCCAUAUAUAGUAGUAAGCAUUCUCAUUAUUCUGUUGAAAAAGCUGCUAUAUUGCUCGGCUUGGGUGCAGAAAAUGUCUUUAAAGUUAACGUUGAUGAAGAUGGUGUAAUGGAUGUUCAAGAAUUGGAAGCUAUCAUUGAAAAAACUAAAGCUGAUGGUUAUACUCCAUUAUAUGUUAAUGCUACUGCUGGUACCACUGUUUUUGGUUCAUAUGAUCCAUUUGUUGAAAUUAGCAAAAUUGCAAAGAAACACAACAUUCAUUUCCAUAUUGAUGGAUCUUGGGGAGGUAAUGUCAUAUUUUCUGAGAAAUAUAAGAAUAGAUUAAAUGGCUGUCAAUAUGCUGACUCCAUUACAGUUAAUCCUCAUAAAAUGUUAGGUAUUCCAAAUACUUGUUCAUUUUUAUUAUUACCAGAUGUAUCUAAUUUCCAAACUGCCAUGUCUUUGAAAGCUCCAUAUUUGUUCCAUGGUAGAGAACUGGGAGAUGAUGAAAAUUAUGAUCUUGCUGAUGGUACUAUGGGAUGUGGUAGAAGAAGUGAUGCAUUUAAAUUCUAUUUGGGUUGGUUAUAUUAUGGUAAAGAAGGUUUUGCAAAGAGAGUUGAUCACGCAUAUAAAAUAAUGGAAUAUUUUGUUGAUAAAAUCAAGAGCAACGAUGAUUUUAAAGUAGUUGGACCUCAAUCUCCACAAUGUCUUCAAGUUUGUUUCUAUUAUCAUCCUCCGAGUGUAUCAACUAGAGAUAAUACUGAAAUAACAAGAUUCAUAUCAAGAAAAUUACACAAGUUGGGUAAAUAUUUGGUUGAUUUUAGUCCGAAUCCAGUCGAUGAUUCUCAAGGAGAAUUCUUCCGGGUGGUUUUCAAUUCUCCUACUUUAACAAAUGAAAUUAUCGAUGAUUUAAUUAAUUCAAUCAUUGAAGUCGGUAAAGAAUUGUAA